UUAUUUUUGACAUCUGUCGUUUUGGUUGAAACAAAAAGCCAAACAAAAAGUUCAAAGAUGUCUACGGUUAAAUCAUCGACGCCAGUGAUUAAUGGAUUUUAUUACAAGAUAUUCCGGUUUUUACUAAAAUUUUGUUAAUUUUUAGCAUUAUGUAAAUAUUACUCUGACUUUUAUGUUAUUAGAACGAGUGCUCUGUUCCGCCUUUAAAUUAUUGAUUUAUUAAGUGAAAUACUGUUGAAUAUAUUCUAUAGAUCUAUCGUCGUUUUACAUGUGCAUUAACGAAAUGUCAGAAUAGCGUACUGAAGAAAAAAGUAGGUAGUAUCAAUAUGUUUUGGCGAUGAAUAUUAGCAUAAUUCCGUUUAAAAGCAUCAGAAAGUGAUGUGAUAGCUUUGCGUAAUGUGCCGACGGCUGGUGCUGCUGAUUUAAGUGUGUGACGGCCGGCGGGCGUAUUAAAGAUGAACAAUCGCACCGGAGGUAAUGAAAAGAAGUUUAACAUUUCGAGGGAACUCAGUAAUCCCAAUCAGUCGGAAAAAAAAGAAAGUCCCCUGUGUAUUCCAUUUGAUCAUAUCUACGCACGUCAAGCCGAUAGCGCUGAAAGAAAACCCGUUCGGUCAGAGAGAGCGGAGGAUGUCGCAGAUGACAAAGUACCAGCAGGCGGUUCUAAUGUUAGACAUGUAACAAGCAAGUUGUUUACUGCCUACACCCCACAUUUCAAAACCUCUGAAUGGAGACCUGGGGAACAGGAAAAAAAUACCGAGGCUACUUACCAAAGUCCUAUAGUUGAAAACAAAACUCCAGGAGGCAUAGUUGAUAUUAAACAAGGAAGUAUUGCAGCAAGAAGACCUUUGCACCGAGAGAAAACUGUUCACUUGUCUACUCAGUGCACAGCUGUAGAUGACAAAGUUGCGCCCUCUGGCUCUUCCAUGGAUACUAAAAAGGCAACCAAAAAGUUAAUAGCUAUUUAUGCUUCAAAGAGAAAUGCUAGCAGACCCGAGCAACAGGAUAAAUCAAAAGAGUUCCAGAGCCAAUUCAUCACUACGGACAACAAAGAUUCGGACACAGAUAAAGUUAAAAAACUGUCCGAGAGAUUAAUGGCUGUCUAUACCCGUAUGAAAAACUCUGAAAAAAAGUCUAUGCAACAAGUACCAUUAGAAUUAGCUGCACAAUAUAUUUUCCCUCCAAGUACAGCAUCCCACGUCUCUGGAGCAUUCCCUGGUACCGAACAGGCUUCAAAAAACAUGGCCGCUUAUGACCUGGCAGCUGCGCUGGGAAGACAAGAGCAUGGAGUAGAUCUGGCUGGCCGGUUCGGCAUAGACGGCAGAGGGCCCAAUGAGUUUGAUGAUGUUCACCACAUGUCUAAUAGUUUUGUGCUGACUAGCCAGUUCAAGCAGCUGCGGGAGCUGCUCGUGUAUCACCUCGAUCUCAUACAGAACUUAAAUGAGACUAUUACCUCUACUACCAAGUUGUACCAAGACUUAAAAGAUGAGAAUGAUACUCUCAAGAAUGUUAUAAAACGAAAAGCGCUGCCUGGCAGUCCCCACUUCGCGCUGAGCCACGCGGCAUCGCGCAAUGUGGUCACCACCUCUGUUGCAACGUGCACCGCUACCUCCUUACUGGCGCCGUCGAGGCCUCACAACCAUAACGAGAUGGGGUUAUCGCAUCGAGACAAUUCAAGCACAAGGAAAAUGUUUGGUCCGGUGCGCUCCGAGGUGGCAAGACUCUCCACCUCAGGAGCGCCGUCUGCGAGGAGCUACCUGGCGCAGGCGCGAGGCUCGCACCCGCCGGCCACCUCCACGCUCACCUUGUCGUCCUGUCUCGCCUCGCCCACGCCCACGCCCACGCCCACGCCCACGCCCGCGCCCUCGCCCACGCCCACGGCCACCAUCACCUCGCGCCACGCCACCGCCACCGCCACCACCACCGCCACCGUCACCUCCACCUCCGCCUCCGCCUCCACUGCCACCGCUGACGCCGCAGACACAGAUUUUGUGACGUCGGCACAUUCACACACCGGCCGCAGCCGCAGCCGCAGCCGCAGUCGUCUCGGCCGCUCCCUGAGCCUCAAGCGAGCCUCCAAGCCCGCCGCCGUCUCCCUCUCCCUCUCCCACUCCCACUCCCAACUCACACACACCGGGAAAUCGCGCGGAACGAGGACUUUCAGUGCCAAUAAGAAGCCAAAAAUGAUAAGCUCAUUCGGCAAAGACGAAGGUGACACCGUUAAGAGGACCAAGAACUUCGGCUCCUUGUCGGACCGUCUGCAGCUCAUAGACACGACCCCCACCGGGGAAGAUCCGUAUCAACUGGGGGAGGCGGACAUGAGGGAGCAGUCCCCCAUCCCCAAACUGAUGCUGCAGAAGACGAGCCUCGGCAGGAGGAAGAUAUGCUCCGGCACGAGCUUCGCCCCUGGCACAGAUAUCGGCACAAGCACCGGCUCCGGCGUGGGCCUCGGCUCAGGCACCGGCACGGGCGCAGGCGCAGGCACCGGCACGGGCGCAGGCGCAGGCACCGGCACGGGCGCAGGCUCAGGCACCGGCACGGGCGCAGGCUCAGGCACCGGCACGGGCGCAGGCUCAGGCACCGGCACGGGCGCAGGCUCAGGCACCGGCACGGGCGCAGGCUCAGGCACCGGCACGGGCGCAGGCUCAGGCACCGGCACGGGCGCAGGCGCAGGCGCCCAGAAGAGGACGACCAUCUACGAUCUGUCCACCUCUGAUGCCACUCUCAAGUCGAAUCUGAAGUCGAACAGGUAUGCUCUCGACAGUCCCAUCAAAUAUACCAGUAUAACGGAGCAGCCGCCGAAGACUCUGAUGACGGAGGACCCCGACACGGAGUCGGAGGGCGCGUGGCGCGUCGCCGACGAGCCGCGGACCGGCGCCGACUUCUCCUGCGGCGACGCGUCCGACGAACUCGUCGCUACUGAUCCGGCGCUAAUGGAUUUCCAAAAUAUCUUCGCCGCUGCCAUUCCGAACGCGGACGAUACGAAACCGGGCGACGCGGCCGGCGAGGAGAGGCCGACGCCGGCUCCGAAGAAGAGGAGAGGAAGAAAGGGUAGCGGAGAUCGGGCGGAGCGGUCGGUCGAGUCCGCACUCGCUCCGAAGAAAAGAAGGGGCAGAAAGUCCAGCGCGACCGCCACCGACUCGUCAUCGACGCGACGCGACGCCGCCAGAGACGAGAAGCCCCCGGCUCCGUUACAUCCGCUUUGCUCCGUCGUCGCCGCCGACAUCUCUAACGCGGGAAACGGGAAAAAGUCCUGUACGACUACAUCGUCGUCCGCCAUCUUGGACUCCACCGAACUAAACCCCGAGGAGAGCUCUCUGCCGGUGCGACAGAAGAAAAGGGGAAAAAAUAGUGUAACAUCGGACUAUCCGACUAUGAAUCCGGGUGACUCUAGCUAUAAAAACUAUUCGUCGACGUCGAUCCCGAAGACGAGGAAGGGAGGGAGUGCCGGUGGCGCGUCGGAGGUUCCGGAAGCGCUGCACUCUGCCGAACCCGGUGGUGUACCUCGGUCCUCGGCGACGUCGGCCAAACGAAGCCGAGUGAGGUCACGGAGCAGGAAUACGUCUACUACUGAUGAAUCGAAAGCGGACCUCGGUGACCCGACGACUUCCAAAUACGCCGCCUCCGAUUACUCAUCGCCAUUGACCACAAAAAGAAAUAGGGGAAGGACCACUAGUGGUACAUCAGACCUCCCGGAAGGCUCGUACUCGGCGGAAUCCGGCCACACGGCCGAGACCUCGUCGCCGGUACCAAAAAGAAAGAGCGGGAGGCGGCGAAGCAGGAAUACAUCGAUGUCAGAGGAAUUGCAACCGGAUGCGUACAGAACUGUCAAGCACCGCUCGACUAACUAUUCCUCGCCAUUGGAUUACAAACCGAAAACCGAGUGGCCGUACAGUGGUGCUCUAAGUCUAUCGGAAACAAUGUAUUCAGGUGAACCGAGUACUGUGACGAACACCUCACCUACGACACCUAAAAAGAGAAGGGUAAGGUCCCGGAGUAGGAAUACAUCCGCUGCCAAAGAAUUGCCUGCAGAAGUCUACAGUCCGGUUAAAGAUAACUCUAGCAACUAUCCCUCAUCUCAGGACAUAGAUCCACGAUAUGAGUGGACUUAUAGUGACGACAUUAAUUACUCGAUUUCGUUUUAUUCAAAACGAGCGGAAAACGUCGCCGAGUCCUCGCCGUCGAUCCCCAAGAGGAGGAGGGGUCGACCCCGAAGCAGGACCACAUCGACAGCCGAUGAGAUGCCGGCGGACGACCACAACCCUAUCCAAAGCGGCUCGGCCGAUCUUUCUUCGCCUUUGUAUAAUGAGGCGUUAAUCGCACCAUUAUACUCGACGGAGUCAGGUGGUGUCGGAAACUCCUCGACAUCGGCACCCAAGAGGAGGAGUGGGAGGUCGCGAAGUAGGAACGCUUCGACGAGUGGUGAAUCGCCAUCGAACUACUCGUUGCCUCUGUAUAGUGAGGCGACGGACUCGGCUGCACCGACACAAUCUGCGGAAUCGAGCAUUCCGGAGUCGGCGCCGAAGUCCUCGCGGGCGACGACCAAGAUGAGGGGGCGCACGCCAAGUAGGAACACAUCGACCACCGGUGAUUUGCCAGCGGACGUCUUCGGCCCCGUUGAAAGCUCCACCGUCUAUUCCUUGCCCGUGGACACGGAAGUACGAAAUGAGUGGCCCUACAGUAGCACUUUGAAUCUAUCGGAAACACUGUACUCCGCUGAAUUGGGCGAUGUGACGAGACCCCCGCCUCCGGCACCUAAAAGAGGAAGGGGAAGGCCCCCAAGUAGGAACACGUGCACUACGGAAGAACCACCUCUACAAGGUUACGGGCAGGUUAAAGAUGGCUCCAGAAACUAUCCCUCGUCUCUGGACACGGAUGUAAAAGAUGAGUGGACUUAUAGUGACGACAUUAAUUACUCGGUGUCGUUUUAUUCAAAACGAACGGGAGACGUCGCCAAGUCCUCGUCGACAACCACCACCACCACCACCAAGAGGAGCAGGGGCCGACCCCGCAGCAGGACCGCGUCGACAAACAAUGAAGAGAGCUCGGAGAUGGAGUCGUCCGCCAUGUCCGCCAUGUCCACCAUGUCCGCCAUGUCCGCCAUGUCCACCAUGUCCGCCAUGUCCGCCACGACCAGGAAGAAGCGGGGCAGGCCCCCCACUGUCGCCACACUACAUGAUUACGAGAUGAGUCUGAUGAUGGGGGGUGCAGCAGGGGGAGCGGCCCGUGGUCGCGGGGGUCGCGGGGGGCGCGGCCGUCAGCGUGCGCACUCCACCACCGAGUUGGCACACUUGUAUGACACACCUCCUCGCGCCCACGACACGGCGCGGCGCGACCGGCCGGCGCCGGCGCCUUGCCUGACGACACGCGAGCCCUACCACACGGAGCUCGGCAACCCCGACCUGCCGUGGACGCUCUCCUCCGGGGACGAGGUGGCGACGCGAGCGCCCCGCGCGCCCCGCACCACCCGCGCCACCACCCGCACCACCCGCACCGGCGCCAUCCGCGCCUCCGAGCAAUCCCUCAUCGAGGUGCCCCGGUGGCGGGAGAAGCCGUACCAGAGCCUGACGUCGGCGGAGGGCGCAGAGCCCCUGGAUGACCGGGAGCGGGAGCGGCGCCAUAGGAAGCUGGAGGCCGAGGAGAAGAGGCAGCAGAGGUGGUACGUGCGGCGGCUGCGCGAGGAGCGGCACACGGAGCACCUGCGGCGGCGCGAGCGCGCGCGCGGCGGCGCCCCGGGGGCCGGCCGCGCGCCCCCCGCGCCCCCCGCACCCCCCGCGCCCCCCGCACCCCCCGCCUCGCUGCUGCACCCGGCGCCGCACGACGCCCUCUACAUCGAGCUCACCGAUCGCCUUCCCGUCGCCGCCUUCGGGGAGCCGCUGCCCGACCUGCCGCCCAAACCCUUCAUGCUGAAAUGGAUGAAAAUAUCGAAAGCGCUGAAGCGGCUGAAGAGAUCUCAAACGUUGCAGUAGAAGGCGGCGGCGGCGGCGGCGGCUAGUGGUCGUACGGGCGCAGUGCAGUGCCGGGAUCACCUGGAACCUCUCGGACCUCAGUGAGGAAGGAGUGUCGUAUUGUGUGUGCUGAUGCUGGACACGCGGCUGCUCCUCUCCGCUUUACGGACGUCUUAUACGACUACACUUUUAGGAGAAGAAGUAUAUUUCGUUGACUUACUGCGUGACUGGAGUGCGUGCGCAAUGUAAGAUAUGACCUGCACACGUACUGCUGCAGACCGCAGCGCUAUCACUCGAAUCCUUUAUAUUUCCCCACCUCAG